CAUUCAGAUUUAGAAGAUGAAUUACAUAACAGAGCACGCCGAAGUGGGAAGAAUCCUGUUAACUAUUCAGAUUCCGAAGAUGAAUUGCGUUACAGAGCACGGAGAAGUGAGAAGAACCAUGUUAAGCAUUCAGGUUCAGAAGAUGUAUCACGUAACAGAGCACAUCGAAGUGGGAAGAACCCUGUAAAGCAUUCAGAUUCCGAAGAUGAAUCCCGUUACAGAGCACAUCGAAGUGAGAAGAACCAUGGUAAACAUUCAGAUUCAGAAGAUGAGUCACGUAAAAGAGCAGGUCGAAGUGAGAAAAACCUUGUUAAGCAUUCAGAUUCGGAAGAUGAAUCACGUAACAGAGCAGACUGAGCUGAGAAGAAUCAGUCCAUAAAAAUUGGAAGAGAUGAUGGUCAAGGUGAUGCCAAGGGAAAACAUGACAAUUUAGAACUAGAAAAAUACCCCAUGAAAGGUCGGAAUGAAUCACACUACAAGCGUCGAAAUGUUGCUCCUAAACUUUCAGAAGAAGAAAGAGCUGCUAGGCUAAAGGAGAUGCAAAUAGAUGCCGAGUUGCAUGAAGAGCAAAGAUGGAAGCGAUUGAAGAAGGCCGAGGAGAAUGAUGCACUGGAAGCUACCCAGGCUGUCAAAUCCAGUGGUAGGAACUUCUUGGAUGCUGUUCAAACUAGUGUUUAUGGUGCUGAGAGGGAAGGAAGCUCAACAAUUGAGGAGAGUGUACGCCGCCGAACACAUUAUUUGCAGGGCAGAUCUGAAGCAAGUGAAUGCUGUUGUGUUUUGUUGUUUAUCCAGUUCCAUUAAUCCAGGUGUUCUAUACUUUACCCCAUUGUUCUGCGUAUGUUUUCAUAUAACAAUGGUUGUUUCCUCUCCGUGUGUAAUGAUUUUUAUUGAAUGUUAAGUUGCAAAAAUGAUCGAAUUUUUUUUC